AUGUCACUUUUCAAUGCGACAAGUAACUUUAAUCGAAAUGAUGCUCCAGCUUUACGGUUGCUUCGAAAGAGUGAGAGCUCUGAUGAUGAUGAGAAAAGGCUGAAAAGAAGAGAAAAGAACCGAGUUGCUGCACAGAGGAGCCGCAAAAGACAAACCCAGAGAGCUGAUGAGUUGCAUGAGGUGUAUGAAUGUCUGGAACAGGAAAACAGCCUGCUGAGGAAGGAAGUCCAGCUUUUGAUAGAGGAACAGCAACGCUUGACAGAUGCCCUCAAAGCCCAUGAGCCUUUGUGCCGUCUUGAAUUGUGGUAUGACCUCAACAUCAAGGUCAAUAGGCACAGUGUCACCUGAGUUUAUGUCUAGAUAGAGACACUCACAUC